UCUUUCAUUUUCAACAUACAGCACUUUCACGAAGGAGAUCGUUGUGAGCAUUGUUGCACGUGUACAACCAUGCGUACCCUGGUUCUCCUCGCUCUGGUAGCAUCAGCUUCCUGCCAGGAGUACUUCCGGCAACCGGAGAAAAUCGUAAACGAGAAUAGAGAUCUAGGUGACAAUCGCGGACACUAUUCCUUCACUUACGAAACAGAGGGUGGUAUAGUACAAAAAGAAAUCGGCAGCCGGAAGUAUGCUGGCACACCAUCGGAAACACAGUUGAUCCAAGGAUCAGUGCAAUACAAUGCUCCAGAUGGUACACCAAUAGCCAUCAGUUGGACGGCUGAUGAGUUUGGUGCUCAAGUAGCUGGUACUCAUAUACCAACACCUCCACCGAUACCACCAGCCAUUCAAAGGGCACUUGAGUGGAUUGCUAAACAACCAUCAACGCCGGAACCGGAAGAAGCUGCUAAAGAUUCGCCCAGUCAACAAAACGCUGUUCCUGUUAAUAAUAAUCGGCAGUACAAAUCGUUACGACCUAAUCAACGAAACUGAUUUAAUCAUUGAUAAUGAGAAUUGAAAUUUGAUUUUAGGAUCUUUUUUCAUUUUAUUGAAAUUGGAGCAGCGUGGGCUCACUGGUGGCACAUAUUAAAAUUUAAUACGUUCACAGUUUAACAAUGAAAUGAAAAUUAAGAAUCUAAAUUACUAUUAAUAAUUGUCAGUUUUCUAAAUUACAAAGUUAUGAUUAGUGACAAUCGCUAUCAAAGUGUGAAUUAAUUAUAACAUUGAUUUAAAUUAUUGUUGGCAUAUGAACAUUCAGUGUAUACAGGGUGUCCUCAAAAUAAUGUCCAAUCUAUAAAUUGCUAAUUCUCUAUGUUAAAAUAAAUUUAAGAAAUUUCUUUAAUAUGUAUCUUGCAAUUUUUUAUGUAAAUAAUUGGGAAUUUAGUAUUUAUAUAAUUUUUGAAUUGUACAUUAGUUUUGAUACACUCUGUAUAAUUUCUAAUUCUGGAUUCUUGUGACUGUAUUGUGAGUCAUCAGAACUGUGAACGUCUUAAUAUAAUUGAAUAGCUAAAAGUAAAAGAAAAUUAAAAGUAUUAUUAAUAUUAAAUGAAAGAUGAAGUGGUUGUGUCUCGAAUUUUGAUUAUAAUUAAAGCGUGCAAUAUUUCUAUAAAUAUGCAAAAGACUUUUGUUUAAAAAUUUGAAUAUCCAUGAAGGAAUUAACCCCUUCAGAGAAAUAUAGAAAGCUAGAAAGUUUAAAAAAAUAAUGUAAAAGAACUGAAAUAAAUAAAAAAAUUUUCUUAUUAUUUGUAAUUCAUAUAACAUGAAAAUUUUAUGAAAGGGUUAAAUAUCACUUAAAGUUCAAUAUACAAAAGAUUCAUAUUUCUAUAAAAAAUUUAAUUGCCCAAUUUCAACCACAUUUACAUAGAACAGUAAAUCGUUAGUAGGUUCGUAAUCGACAUAUUGUGAUCUCAUGAAUAAACCUGUGAAGGAAAUUAUUAUAAUAAAAAUUGUAAUGAUUUUCUGUUCAAUCAAUUCCUUAUGUAAUUCUGUGAUUAGAGGAAAGUAGAAAUAUUUUCAUCGUACAUAAAUUUUGCAAAAUACAAAAUAUUUCUCUGUAUUUUUUAUUUUUUUAUUUUCCAUAUCAUCAAUCGUAAAUGUUUUCACGAGCAAAAAAAUGUUUUUAUACGGUGUAUAUUACACGAGAACUGAUAUCAGUAAUGGAAAAUAAAUAAAAGUAUGGACAUUUAUGUGAAAUAUUUAUUACUCACGUGGUAUUUGAUGAAGUCACUGAUUUUUUUGUUGAUCACUGACUUUCAAUCACAUUGGUCUCGCUUAGCUGUGAAAUUUACAUAAAUUCCAGUAUGAAUGAUCAUUAUGUCGAUGACAUUUAGUUAGUUAAAUAAACAAUAUUUCGGUUGUAGAAAACAUAAU